AUGUCUCCAGAUGCCAUCGUCCCUGAUCAUCGGCCACGAUUACCUGACUCUUGUUCCGCCGACUCGCUUCACGCUUCCAAGUGUAAGCCUCGCGCCCGCGAAUCUUGGAGACACAGUUCAUCCAAGACCCAUAAUGAAGCGGCUAUUUUGCAUGGAAACUCACGAUCGGAUAGACUUGCUCUUCUUACGGAGAUCGACGAGCUGCUGGAGGAGGCCGUAGUGGCUCUGACCAAAGAGGCAAGGGCGUGUGCAGAAGAGUUGGAAGCCGGAGGGUAUUACGAGGCAAGACAGGCUGAUGAGGAUGAAACUGCCACGGAUGAACUUGAUGAUGAGGCAGAACAGGACGAAGACGAGGACGAAGAUGAUGGUGGAGAGGAGGAGGAAGGUAUUGAUUUCUGUGAUCCAGUCCAGGGUGAAGAGGAAAGGGAGGAGGAAGAGGAAUGUGACGAACCGGAACAGGGAAAUCAGGGUGAGAUCAAUAUGGCGAUUUCCUCUGCCAAAUCUACCAAACAGCAUCGACGACCAAAAACAGUGAACAGCUUCGGAGCCACUAGCAUCAACAGCGAGAGCUGUAUCAAGAAUCCUGCCAACUUGGAUGGAGGUCGGCCUGAAGAAGAUAGCCAGUUCUAUCGCCUGGAGCAAAUACGUGAUGAACUGGAAAGUCAGCUUGGAACAGAGAAGCUCAUCUCUGCCUACAGCCUGAUUCAGGGUUUUCCAUGUCUAGCAGGUACAUUUGUCACCAACGCAUCCCCACCAGGUUUGAAAUCUCCUGCAAGCAGAAUCCUCUGCGAGCGUUUCCUACUCGCGAAUUUCCCAGAGGAGAGACAAAAUACCAUAGUCGGUCGCAGUUUAUUGCAGACAAAGAUGGGUUUCUGUGAUAUCUUUGAGUAG